ACUUCCGGGUCCGCCAUUUUAUUGCCUCCAUUUCUCCGUGAGGGGGGGGAAGGCCCCCCAAAUAUGCAUAUGUGAAAAGGCCAAAAAGUGAGGCCACUGGCAAGGAAUCUUAACUAGAGAAAGAAACGGGACCAAACUGGCGGGCCCAGUGAGAGCGAAGCCGGCAGCGCUCCGGACUAGCUACCUGGAAACAGUCGUUUCUAUGCAUAAAGAUGUCUCUGGUGGACUUGGGGAAGAGGCUGCUAGAAGCUGCAAGAAAAGGCCAAGAUGAUGAAGUGAGGGCACUGAUGGCAAAUGGGGCUCCAUUCACCACAGACUGGCUUGGAACGUCACCGCUUCAUCUUGCAGCCCAGUAUGGUCAUUAUUCCACAGCAGAAGUGCUCCUUCGAGCUGGUGUUAGCAGGGAUGCCCGGACCAAAGUAGACAGGACCCCUUUGCAUAUGGCUGCGGCUGAUGGACAUGCGCACAUCGUGGAACUGCUCGUUAGGAGUGGUGCAGAUGUGAAUGCCAAGGACAUGCUGCAGAUGACAGCUCUGCACUGGGCCACGGAGCACCACCACCGGGAUGUUGUCGAGUUACUUAUCAAAUACGGAGCUGAUGUCCAUGCUUUUAGCAAAUUUGAUAAGUCUGCCUUUGACAUAGCACUGGAGAAGAACAAUACUGAGAUUUUGGUCAUGCUUCAGGAAGCAAUGCAGAAUCAGGUGAACACUAACCCCGAGAGAGCCAACCCAGUGGCCAACCCUGUGACAGUGACUGCUCCGUUCAUCUUCACCUCUGGAGAGGUCGUUAACCUCGCUAGCUUUGUUUCUUCAGCCAACACCAAAGCAACCUCAGCUAAUUUAGAAGAAAUUGAAGAAGGAAAUUCUCUUGACUCCUCAAUCCAGCAAGUGGUGGGGAGUGGAGGCCAGAGGGUCAUCACCAUAGUCACUGAUGGAGUCCCUCUGGGUAAUAUCCAAACUUCAAUCCCUACUGGAGGCAUUGGCCAGCCGUUUAUCGUAACUAUGCAAGAUGGACAGCCAGUUCUAACUGUGCCUGCUGGUCAGGUUGCAGAGGAGGCAAUAAUUGAAGAGGAAGAGGAAGAAGAGAAAGUGCCAUUGGUGAAGAGACCGAGGAUGGCAGAGAUGACAAACAGUGUUGAGGAAAUGAAGGAAGGCAGUGAGCGAGAGAUGCUGCAGCAGCAGCUCCAGGAGGCCAACCGCAGAGCCCAGGAGUACAGACACCAGCUCCUCAAGAAGGAACAGGAGGCAGAGCAGUACCGCCUCAGGCUGGAGGCCAUGGCUCGGCAGCAGCCCAACGGAGUUGACUUCACCGUGGUUGAGGAGGUAGCUGAAGUGGAUGCUGUCGUGGUGACAGAAGGAGAUGAGGUAGAGAGAGCAGCGCAAGUGAUGAAGUCAGGAAGGACCACAGAGCCUCACCCUAGUGUUUCCAUAGAAACUGUUUCAUCCUAACACCCAACAGGCACAACUUGGCCUCACUCAUCUUAUUCUUUGUAAGAAGAAAGUACAGAGGGCAAGUGCUGUGUACGAACUAGAAUGUCCUUAAGAAGGUGACAAUGGCGGGGCUCAAGGCCUGUGUACGAACUAGAAUGUCCUUAAGAAGGUGACAAUGGCGGGGUUCAAGGCCUGAGCCUAGGAAGGCUGUGCGUGCAGCUGGAAAACUCAGAGCCACUUUAGGGGCAUCUGAGAGACCAAAAGGCCAGGACCAAAUCUCUCAGCUCAUAUUGCUUUAAACAGAGAACUGGGCAUUAUGGGUUGAUUUUUUUUAAAUAGUUAGCUUUAUAUCAAAAGAUUUUAAGAUAAUACUUGUAAUACAUAUACACCAAGAACCUUUAAUGAUUAUUCCUGAAAAUUUUCAAGUGACCUGAAAAUUUGCCUUAGAUUUAUGAAACUGAUGAAGUUGUAGGAAGCCUCCUCUUGAAGAAGAGUGAAGGAUACCAUACAUUUCUAAAGGAGCAGGCACACAAGUUCUCCCUAAUUACCGAAAAGAAAUCUCUAGCCAGGUAGUACACACCUGCAAUGCUAGCACUCGGGGAGCUGUAACAGAAAGCUUUUUGAGGUCAACCUGAGCUAAAGAGAGUCCUUCAGUAAAAGAGGCCCAGAUGUGGUGGCGCAUGCCUUUAAUUCUAGCACUCGGGAAGUAGGCACAGGCAGAGUUCAAAGCCAUGUGGUCUACAUACCAAGUUCCAGGCCAGCCAAAGCUACACAGUGAGACCCUGUCUCCAAAUGAAGCAGAACAAAGCUGGAGUGGAGAGGUGGUGGGUUAGGAAUUUAGCUCGCUGUUCCAGAGAACCUGGCUUCUAUUCCUAGCACCCGAAUCAAAGCUGCUCACAAUUACACGUAACUCCAGCUCCCAGGGAACACGCCCUUUUCUGACAGGUGUGGAUGCCCACAGAUAACAAAUUUAUAUAUACAUAUAAAUAAAAAUUGUAAAAAUUAACAACAAAAAAAUUAAAUUAGUUGAAUGCAGUGGUUCACACUUUGGGAACCUGAAACAAGAAGAUUGACAUGAGUUUGGAGCUAGCCUGAGCUCGAUAGUGAGUUAUAGGUCAGCCUGGGCUACAAUGUGAGACCUUAAUGCAAGAAAAAAUCAAGUGUAGUGGUGUGUACCUCUAAUUCUAGCACUCAGACGGGAGAGGCAGGAGGAUCUCUGUGAGUUUGAGGCCAGCCUAAUCUACAAAGAGAGUUCUGGUAUAGCCAGGACUACAUACAGAGACACUGCCUCAAAAAUAAAAAAUUAGCAAAGAAGGGCUGACUUAUGAUUGCCUGAUAAAUUGUGUGUCCACAGCUUAGAUACAGUAUAAAAACAAAAUUAAAAUAGGCAUAGUGGUGCAUUCUGUAACCCCAGCAAUUGGAAGGUGAACCAGAUCACCGUAAAUUAAAGGUCAGCUUUGGCUUCAGUAAGAUCUUUCUCAAAAAUAACAACAAAACCCAGAAAGGCCUACAUGUGGUGACGAGGCUCUCUCUUCCCUGCACUUGGGGAGCAGAGGCAGGCUGUAGGAUUCUAACUAGCCUGGCCACAUGGUCAGUUCCAGGCUAGCAGGAUUACUCAGACCCUAACAAGGAACGGAGGGAAACCAACCCUGAGGACAUAGCUCAGUGGUAGAGCGUGGUGCUUAGUGUGCAGGGAACCCCUGGGUUCAUCCUUUGGCACUGUACAUAUGCAGCAAGAGGAGGGCAGAAGUGCAAAGAAGAAAAUCAUGGACACCAGACUUAAAAUCAGGAGAGAGCUGUGCUGAUGUGGACAGCGAGUGCAGAGCUCUGCCUUCCAGGCUGUGCUUCCAGAGCACAGAAGGCAGCCAGAAAGAGGCUUUGUGCCCCGAGUCUCUGGUCUUGAGAUGGAAACUAUAUAUUGGUGAACUUUAUAAAACUGCAACCAGGAGGAUCAGUUUCAAAUUUCUUUAAUUUUUGUCACUGUAACAAUAACUUGCUUCCAAACAUCUAUUUAUAUAAAAUCAAGCUCUAAACUCUUGAAAUUGUAUAACAUUUGGCCAAAUUUUCUAUGUCACAUGGGACACUGGUGCUUUCUGUAGCACUUAGCAUCCUGUAAAAAACCGAGGAGUGUGGCAGACAUGAGGACUGAGCAGGCUGGGGAGGUUUGUCCCUGUUUGAUUUUGUGUGAGUACAUUGCUGCUUCUAUUAGUGUGGCCAUGGAGUCUGUGCCCUAUAGUGCUCAGGUGACAAUGGGACCAGGUCUCACUGCCACAGAGCAGGGAGCCACACACCCAGGACUCCCCUCCCCUCACUCUGCACAUUCCCUCUGCUCAGGCACUUUUGCAAAGAUUUUCAGUGCUGGGUUUUUGAGAAAGGGUUGGGGCAGGUCUCUCUAGCAUGAAGUGUAUGUAUGUGUUUGUAUAGCUGGACACAGUACUCAUGCCUGUUAGCAGUCAGGAGCUACAGGGGGAGGAUUGACAAGAGUUCAAGGCCAGCCUGAACUACACAGUGAGUGAACCUGUCUCAAAACCACAAAAACAAGACAGCUGAACAUUGUGUCUCAUGCCUGUAAUUCCCACUCAGAGGGUCACCGGAUCUUCAAGAUGAGACCUCUAGGCAGUACAGUGAGGUUCUGCUCUAGGGCGGCAUGUAUGUCAUUUUAUGAGGUCCUAGAUUCAAUCCCCAGGACUGCAAAAAAACAAUAUUUAAACAUUUUUUAAACAGGGUGUGAUAGUACAUGCCUAUAAUCCCAGAACUGGGAGAGGGAGGCAAGAGGUCAGAAGUCGAGGGCCAUCCUUGGUGAUUUAUCAAGUUUGAGGCCUGCUUACACCCUGUCUCCCCAAAGUGGGAGAGGAAUAAGCGCGCAGAGAGGGGUUGGGGGGUAGGUAUUGUAGACCUGCUUGCUUUAUUGCAAAUUAGAAGAAACCAGAUGGACAUGUGCCAAGUACACAUUUGAAUGACUGUUGAGAGUAUGGUUUCCUAAUUAGUGAUCAUGAAGAAGACAUGCAUUUUUAACCUGGAAAAGCUUGGCAGUUAACAUGGUUCUAUUUACCUUGAUUAGUGAAAUAAUUUGUUGCAGUGUUCCAGAGGUAUAGAAUCAUUUUUGGCUCAAAAUAGGCUGAAAACAUAAUUCUCCAAAUCACAUUUAGCAGAACUGACUAUUAGAGAUUUAUAGGCAAAAAUAAUCAUUUUGAAAUGAGAUUUGAUCGAGGGAGGAGCUUCAUCUGCAGGGGAGUCUUCUGUCUGCAGAGCCCUUCUGACUCCCUGGGGCUGGGGUGCUAGCAAUACGCUGUUGUGGGUGCCAUUUCAGAGCCUUGGUAACUAGAGGGAGCAAGUUCCUUUGUAGGUGGCUUUUGUUUAUGUUCUUAGAGCAUAUGUUGACUUCAAUUCCCUUCCUUCUUUUAAAGGAAUAGAUGCUAACUCUGCAGAGGAUACCAUGCCUAACCACCUCAUUAUCUUGAGUAGUAACUGUGGGGAUGGGAUCUGGUCCAUCUAGUCCUCCCUUCUGAGCAGAGCUUCUUUCUACCCUUAGGGAGGACCGUUUAGUUGUUCCAAGUCACUUGAGAUGGGUAGUGUCAGGAAAAAAGGUUCCCUUCCAUUUACUUUAAUAGAUGCCUAUCAUCUCAAAAAGGAAGUAGGCUUUGCUUUCGGUUAGACUGCAGUGAGUGUGAGAGGGUGUGGAGAGGGUGAUUUCAGUCAGUUAGAGGUUAAGUACUGAAUGGUCAAGCACAGAGCAACAUGUGUGAAGCCUCAGCACUGAGGAGGAGGCCAUCCUGGGCUACAAGAAGACAAUGUCUCAGAAACAAAAGAUGGGGCUGGAGAAAAGGCUCAGUGGAUAAAAACACUUGCUAUAUAUAAAUUUGAAAGCCCAAAUUCAGAUCCUAGUACCCACUCUAACAAACCAGGCGUGGUCUCUGGUGUACCUGUAACCCUAGUCCUCAAGAAGGACAAGGCAGGAAAAUCACUGGGGCUUGCUGGCUGCCAGCCUCACCAAAAGGGGGAAUUUCAGGUUCAGGGAGAGACUAUGUCUCAAGUGAAUAGGCAGAAUGUAAUGGAGGAGAACACCCAAUGUUCCCUUCUACCCUCUGCCAUGGACACAUACAUGCACAUACACCACACUCAUGUAUAUACAGCACACACAAACACACAAAUAAGUAGAAAUUAAGUAUUGAAUACAGUAAUACCAUUUCAUAACUUCACAUAACCUUCCAGGUCAGCCUUUUUUGUUUGCUGCUUUUUUAAAAACUGAGCUCCAUUCUGUAGCCCAGGCUGGCCUCAGACUCAGGGCAACCUUGUCUCAGCCUCUUGAGUGCUAAGACUAUAGGUGUGAGCCGCCUCAUCUGGCUUGGGUCGGUUGAGAAGAUGACUCUUAGAUCUGAGUUAAGACAUCUCAGCAGAUAAGUGGAGCUGAGUCAAGUAGCAGAGGAGGUGUUCAGAGCUGGGGCUCGAGCAGGGAGAGCAGCAGCUUAGGACUACAGUGAAGCUGCUGCAGGAUUACCAGUGUUACGUCAUGGUGCAGAGGAAUGCAGUUCAUUGUAAACCCUACAUUUGCAGUUUGGUUGUAAGUCUUUCACCCCAAAAGAGAAAAAAAUGUUACAAUUUCUGUUCUUCCUGGCUUCAGGAAGUUCAUGACAAAUAUGUAAAUGUGCCUUCCCUCCGUGUCUCUGCCUCUGCCCUCCCCACUCCCUGCAUUAUUGCAGUGCCAGAGCAGAGACCUCAUGGCUGACAUAGGAAAAAGCAGCUUUAUGGGUUUUUUGCUCUAAACUCUGUGCCUUAAAAGACACUUUUCUGUCAGAUGUAUAUUUACUUUUUUUGUUUUGUUUCUAAACAGUCUUACUAUAUAGCUCUGGCUGCCUGGAACUUGCUUUCUAGACCAGGCUGGCUCAAAUGUAUAAAGACUUCCCUGCUUCUGCCUCCACCUCCCGAGUGCUGGGGUGAAAGACACCUAGCAACAGGCAGUUUUUAGAUCCCUUUGCUGGGUGCAUAUUAGUGUAUUUGUAUGUAAAUACAUAAUGGAUCUCUCAGUUUUCUCUUUGAGGUUCAGCUCUAAAUUAUCUGGGAUAACCUGGAAGCUUACUAAUUUACAUAGAGAGGGUCUCUCUGAAUUCCCUUAAUCCAAAGGGGGAGGAGCACAUGGGAUGCUGGAAGUGUGGAGCAUUGAGUAAGGAUCGUUGUGGGAGUAGAGGCCCAAGGAGAUGGUCCAUGUUUAUGAGGAAGCAAGCAAAUAAAUGCAAAGGCACCAUGGUCUGCACAGGGACAGGGGUCUGAGUGAGCUGCCCUCCAUGGCUGGUGGCCUUUUCUGCCUGUUGACGCCACCUUGGCACAUAGGGCACAUACCUUUAAUAUCAGCACUCAGGAGGCAGAGACCAGUGGAUCUCUGAGUUCCAGGCCAGCUAGGGCUACACAGUGAGACCUUGUCUCAAUAGGAAAUGAAAAGCCCUUUAGCUUCCAGACAGGAAAACGCAGAUGAGGGGCUGUGGAUGGACAGAGGCUCUGCAUUCCUAGCUCAGAAUCUCAUGUUGAGAGAUAACUCAUUCUGAGAAUGCUGAAGUGGUCAUCCCCUAACGCCAGCCACUUCGAAUGUUGUAAGAGCAGAGGCACAUGAUGAACUCUUAUCAGAAGUUCCUAACAGUGAGCAGGAGUCACUUUUCGUCCCAGUUUUUUGGAGACUAGUUUACUGUUCUCUACUUGAGCACAUGAAUUUACGCCAAGGUUGCCAGCACGCACUUUAAGCUCUUAUCUCUAUUUUGUGUUUUGUUUUCCUUCUUUGAAUCAGGGUCUCACUGUAGCCCAGGCUAGCCCAGGACUCCCAGCAAUCCUUAUGCCUUAAUCUCCCAUGUACUAAGAUUACAGGCUGAGCCAUCAUGCCAGAGUGGCUCUAGCUCCAUUCACCAUGGUGCCUCUACCCUUUUUGGAGUGUGUACUCCAUUUCCUGUCACUCUGCUUACCAAGAGACCAAAAGCAAGAAGGAUAUGAAUUAGAAUUAAAUAGGCCUGAGCCUCUGGUGCUGCCCUUUCUAAGGUUUUAACCUCUCUCGGGUUAGGGGGAGGAAGAGAAUUCCUAAACUCUAUACAAGUAAUUAGGCUUGGUUAUAGCAGGAAAUUGUGAGCCUCUCUGUCUCCCCUGCCCCUGCCCCACUACUGUUUCUGCCGUCCCACGGCUCUUGUAUUUGGAAGGCUUUGCCAGGCACUGGAACAUAAUUAGUCGGUCAUCUCUAAUCUGUGGGACUCACCUUUCCUUUCUCUCCUCCUUCCCAACCACAUAUUUUGUUCUGAGGUGGUUUGCCUCUGAGAACUAACUGGGUUAUACCCUAUAUUCUAUAUUCCCACUUAGUUUCUGACAUCUUGAUAUGUCAGCUGUUACAGUAGCACCUCUGCUCCCUGGCCUUGCCCAAUGUGUCUUUCUGCCAAGGCCAUGUAGAGGUGGGUGCCCUGGGAUUCUUUUUACAGUGUCCUCUUGUUUUCAAGUUGUCUGGCAGCUUUAUGUACAGUAAACUUUCAGGAAAACAAAGGUUUCUUUUUUAUUUAGGAUAAAAUAGUAGGAUUCUGAUGAGCAAGCUCAUAUGUACAUGUGUGUGGAUGAGCAUCUGUGUAAUGUGCCUAUAUAGAUCUAUAUUAUAUAUACAGUUUUGUACUGUCGUUUAAAAUAAAGACAUUUCUUAAUAAAA